GAAACGGACCGUUUGCCUUCCCUCCCGUCCAUGCCUCGGCAAUGGUGGGGAGGGGAGGAGUCCGAUUUAAAGGGCCCCCUGGCUCUGGUCGGAUCGCAUUGAGUGUUUUCUUGGGUCUGUCAGAUCCAUUGAGACCCUCGUCCUCCUCUCAUCUGUGAUUUGUUGCCUCUUUCUUUUGCGGGUUUUAGCGGGGUUCUGGGGGUAUCACUGGGUCUUAUUUGGAGGGGAUUUUUUGGGUUGAUUUUUUUACAAGUAGUUUGGGCGGAGAAGAUGACGGUAGGGGCGGGGAUAUCGAUUGCGGAUGGGAAUUUGAUGGUGCUGGGCACCAAGAUCUUGUCGGAUGUUCAUGGCAACGUCUUCUUGACGCCGGCAUGCGGGAAUGGGAUGAUGAACGGGGCUUUCAUCGGCGUCAGAUCCGAUCGCGCUGGGAGUCGCAAUGUUUUCCCUGUCGGAAAGCUUCAGGAUUUACGGUUCUUGUGUACAUUCCGAUUCAAGCUGUGGUGGAUGACUCAGAGGAUGGGUUCGUUCGGCCGAGACAUCCCCUUCGAGACCCAGUUCCUGAUCGUCGAGGGAAGCGAUGGUUCUCACUUUGGGGAGGGAAGUGAAGAUGGGGUGGGGCAAUCUGCUGUCUAUACUGUCUUCUUGCCAAUCCUUGAGGGAGCCUUCCGGGCAGUUCUUCAGGGAAACGCAAAUGAUGAACUAGAAAUUUGUUUGGAGAGUGGUGAUCCAGCUGUUGAAGCAUUUGAAGGAACCCAUUUAGUUUUUGUGGGAGCCGGAUCAGACCCAUUUGAGGUCAUUGAAGACGCGGUAAAGACUGUUGAGAGGCAUGUACAGACUUUCUCUCACCGGGAAAAGAAGAAAAUGCCAGAUAUGUUAAAUUGGUUUGGCUGGUGCACAUGGGAUGCCUUUUAUACUAAUGUGACUGCUGUGGGGGUUAAACAGGGAUUAGAAAGCUUAGAGAAAGGUGGAGUUCCCCCAAAAUUUGUCAUAAUUGAUGAUGGUUGGCAAUCUGUGGCUAUGGAUGCUACUGGUAUCGCUUCCAUAGCAGAUAAUGCAGCAAACUUUGCAAACAGGCUAACCCAUAUCAAAGAAAACCACAAAUUCCAGAAAAAUGGCAAAGAGGGUCGCCGAGAUGAAGAUCCUGCAAAUGGAUUUGCUCACAUUGUCACUGAAAUCAAGGAAAAACAUGACCUAAAAUAUGUAUAUGUCUGGCACGCAAUCACCGGGUACUGGGGUGGUGUAAAGCCAGGUGUUACUGGAAUGGAACAUUACGAGUCCAAGAUGCAAUACCCCAUUUCAUCACCAGGGGUUCAGUCAAAUGAACAUUGUGAUUGUUUGAACAGCAUAACAACCAAUGGCCUUGGCCUCGUGAACCCAGAGAAAGUGUACACUUUCUACAAUGAACUCCAUUCAUAUCUUGCAUCUGCUGGGAUUGAUGGAGUCAAAGUAGAUGUGCAGAACAUUCUGGAAACCCUUGGUGCUGGCCAUGGUGGUAGAGUACAACUUGCCAGAAAGUACCACCAAGCUUUGGAGGCUUCAAUUGCCAGGAAUUUCCCAGACAAUGGAAUUAUAUCUUGCAUGAGCCACAAUACUGACAACUUGUACAGCUCAAAGAGGACUGCUGUUGUGAGGGCCUCCGAUGAUUUCUGGCCAAAAGAUCCAGCAUCCCACACAAUUCAUAUAGCAUCUGUUGCAUAUAAUUCUGUUUUUCUUGGAGAAUUUAUGCAACCUGAUUGGGAUAUGUUCCAUAGCCUCCACCCAAUGGCUGAAUAUCAUGGGGCGGCACGUGCAAUUGGUGGCUGUGCCAUAUAUGUCAGUGAUAAACCAGGUAAACAUGACUUCAAUUUGUUGAAGAAGCUUGUGCUUCCUGAUGGAUCUAUCUUGAGAGCCAAACUCCCUGGCAGACCCACAAGAGACUGCUUGUUCUCAGAUCCUGCGAGGGAUGGUAAGAGUCUUCUGAAGAUAUGGAAUUUGAAUGACUACUCCGGAGUAAUUGGGGUCUUCAAUUGUCAAGGAGCUGGCUGGUGCAAAAUUGGAAAGACAAACUUGAUUCAUGAUGAACAACCAGGCACAGUCACUGGAGUUAUCCGAUCCAAGGAUGUGGAUUAUCUUCCAAGGAUUGCUGAUGAUGGCUGGAAUGGCGAUGCAAUUGUGUAUUCUCAUUCAGGAGGAGAGGUAACUUACCUGCCGAAGAAUGCAUCCAUACCCGUGACGUUGAAAGUCCAUGAGUAUGAAGUCUUCACAGUUGUUCCAGUCAAGGAAUUGUCCAAUGGAGCCUCUUUUGCUCCCAUUGGUCUGAUCAGGAUGUUCAAUUCUGGUGGAGCCAUCAAGGAGCUAAGAUAUGAGUCCAUGAAGAGUGCAAAAAUAGAAGCCAGGGUACACGGUUCUGGCAUGUUUGGGGCCUACUCAUCAAUCAGGCCCAAGAGAAUAACGGUUGAUUCAGAUGCAGUAGAGUUCACCUAUGAUGAGGGGUGUGGUUUGGUUACAUUCCUUUUGGGGAAUCCACAGCGAGAAUUAUACCUGUGGAAUUUAACUGUAGAGCUGUAAAUUAUUGGAGUUCAUGAUGUCAAUCCACUGCAAGAUUUAACGAUUUCACUGCCUUGUGAAAAACAUGUUGCAAGGCCUUUCGACUACCUUGCUAAACAUUGUUGCAAGGUUUCAUGGAGUAGUUGAACAGAAGCUCUAUGAAAUGUUAGACUUCAUAUAUGCAGUGAAAGGAUUUGCUUUCUUGACCAAGGUCAGAAUCUUCUGUUCUGCCUGAGAUUUGGAUAUGUCCUUGCCUUCAGAUAUAACUUUCUUUGCAUUGCCUGAAAGAUUUGGUUACAUUCCUUUUGGGGAUUCCACAGCGAGAAUUAUACCUGUGGAAUUUAACCGUAGAGCUGUAAAUUAUUGGAGUUCAUGAUGUCAAUCCACUGCAAGAUUUUACGAUUUCGCUGCCUUGUGAAAAACAUGUUGCAAGGCAUUUUGACUACCUUGCUAAACAUUGUUGCAAGGUUUCAUGGAGUAGUUGAACAGAAGCUCUAUGAAAUGUUAGACUUCAUAUAUGCAGUGAAAGGAUUUGCUUUCUUGACUAAGGUCAGAAUCUUCUGUUCUGCCUGAAAGUUUUGGAUAUGUCCUUGCCUUCAGAUAUAACUUUUCUUGCAUUGCACAUAGAAUAGCGGAUCAAGCAUGAUGCAAGAUAUCAUCCUUGAAUUUUUGGUAUUUUCUGUCACUCAAUGUGAAGAAGAGCAGAAAUAAAAGUCACUACCUUUGCAAGGCAAUAACUGGUUUGAAGAAGGAAACAAAAAGGUAAAAAUUGUGCAGUUCAAAUCUAGGAGAGCUUCCAAGGGUACUAAAAGAAAUGACGCAGUUGAAAUUCAAGGAGGGUUAUAAUUUGGAAUUUGUGGUUGCUUGCAACUUUAGCAUCCCUACAGAAUCUGAGUUCUUUGUACGUGGCAUGAAAAUAGCUGCUUCUUUUCGGCCUCCUUAAGCUGUGCCAGACUGCAGUCUUUGUGGUUUAUCCAUCCUGAUGUGUCAUCUCAAAUCACCAAAUGAACAUUUCAAACAUCUGGGAUCUGCAAACAUGUGGUUGUAUCUCCCUUGCUGUGACUGCAUAAAUGGUUGUGAUCUCCAUUAAAGAAGCUACUUCUCAAAAUCAUUUCUGUAUUGAUUACCUCUUUAAAUCAGUAUAUGUUCAUUCAUCUUUCACUUAUGAAAGGAUCUAGAGAUGGUCAUCACAUACCAUCUUGCCUUGGUUUUCCA